AUGAACGUGGACCUGCUCGUCAACUGCCGCGACGGAGACUUUAUGGUCGACGAAGAGGCCAAGAAGGAGCUUCGGAAGCAGCUGCGUCAGUUCCGCGACAGGCUCGCGACCGACGCGACGCCCGACCUCGGCACGUACCGCAACUUGAUGGAAGGUAUUGUCUUCUUCGUUGUCAAGGACGCGGUGGGUGUCAGCGUCGCGUCGUUCGACGACGCCCUCGGACGCAUCAGGGGUCUUAAGGGGUACCUGAUUGGGGCGAAAAAUAAGCCCGGUGAAGGCUUCUUGCGCUCGGUUCAAUGGGGCAUCGAGGGCUUUAAAGUCUUCAAGAACAUGGAGACGCACUAUCAAGCAGGCGACGACUUGGCCAACUACGUCCCCCUCGUCAUGUGCGCCAAACAAAACUGGUCAGCGCUCGCCCUCGUGCUCAUGGAGUCGAUUGUGUGCUGCCUCGAGUGGCUCCACCGCACGCUUCGUGUGUCACUGCACAACGGAGCCCGUCUGGCGCCAGCUACCUCGGCACGACAGCCAGUAGCAGCAGCUAAGCCCUUGACGACGGCGCCACUUUCGUAUACAGGGCCGCCACCAGCGACGACAACUGCAAGUCGCCCUCUUGCAGAGCCACCGCUACCAGCUCCCGCGGUUGCGGCAUUAGGGCCACAUCUGGCCGCCGCGGCCCAGAUCACGGUCACAAGGGUCGCCGAACUACAACAGACCGCCAACGACGUCAUCCAAGAGCUGCGGAAGCGGAAGAGCCUCAACUUGCUGCCACGCUACUACCUCCGAUGCAGCCGCGGCAGCCAAUGUGCGACACCAGGUUGCAACUAUGCGCACUCGGCAGAGGACAUGCACAUCGCGGGCGUCGCCCGCGCCGUCGCUUUGGGCGGCAGGUGGAAGUCAACGAAAUGCGCCCAUCAGUCCAAUUGCCGCUACGACGCACGGUGCGACAACCAGCACGAGAGCGAUGACCGAGACGCCAUUUUGCGUCUGCAGAACGUCGCGAGGGAGAUCGUGCGCACCACGUAUGUGCGCCUCGGAGAGCUCUACGUCGAAUUUCUCUCAGGCGAGACCGUUGCCGUGGUCUGUCGUGUGCGGGAGGGUUAA